AUGAAGAGCGCUGUCUUUAUGGCCAUGGCCUUUGGCCUGGCUUCUGCCAACAUCUCCCCCCGAUACAACGAGCUCCCUCCUUCCACGGAGACUUGCGAGUGUGAUACCGAUGACCUUUGCUACCAGGCUGUCCACGCCGUCGGUGCCACUUUCUGCGACGCCAUCGAGAGCUGUGAUCUCCCCUCAGCUUGCGCUGACCGUCAAACUCUCCAGGAGGCUUGCACCUGUGUCCUCCCCACUACCACCACUGCUGCUGCCGUCUCUACCACCGAGACUGCUAGCACCGAGGCUGGUACUGCCACAACCGCUACCACUGAGGCCGAGACUGCUACCACUGCUACCACUGAGGCUGAGACCGCUACUACCGGUACCACUGAGGUUGACACUGCUACAACCGGAACCGCCACUACCAAGGCUGACACUGCUACCUCUGAGACUGAGACCGAGACUGCCUCUCAGUCUACUGAGACUGCCACUGGUGUGACCACCGAGGCUGCCUCCACCACCACUGCCCCUGCUGAGACCAACACCACCACUGAGGAGGAGGACUGCGACUCUACCACCGAGGAGCUCUCCACUGGCACUGAGACUGCUACUGCUCCUACCGGCACUGAGACCGCCCCUACUGGUACUGAGACCAAGACCGAGACCGCUCCCACCGGUACUGAGACUGCUCCCGUCAACACUGAGACCAAGACUGAGACUGCUCCUACUGGUACUGAGACCGCUCCUGUCAACACUGACACCAAGACCGAGACUGCCCCUACUGGCACCGAGACUGAGACUGCUCCUGUUAACACCAAGACCAAGACUGAGACCGUUCCUACUGGUACUGACACUGAGACUGCUCCCGUCAACACCAAGACCAAGACCGAGACCGCUCCUACUGGCACUGAGACCAAGACUGAGGGUGUUUCCACCACUGAGGGAUCCCACGGUACCCAGACCACUGAGGCUAGCGUCCCUUACACCGUCCCCUACACCACCAAGACUGUCUACACCACUGCUGUCCACACCUACUCCAAGUGCCCUGACUACGUCAAGGACUGCCCUUACGGAACUCACGGUCCUUACACCGUCACUGAGACCGUUGCUGUUUCCACCACUGUCUGCCCUGUGACUGAGGAGCACCCCAAGCCCACUGGUUACACCACCAAGACUGUCUACUCUACUGAGGUCUACACCAUCUCCAAGUGCGCCUCUACCGUCAAGGACUGCCCUUACGGAUCCGUCACCACCAAGAGCUACCCCGUCUCUACCACUGUCUGCCCCAUCACCGAGGAGCACUCCAAGCCUACCGGCUACGCUCCUCCUGAGUACACCACCAAGACUGUCUACUCCACCAAGGUCUACACUGUCACUAAGUGCGGCCCUGAGGUUCCUAACUGCCCUUACGGUUCCGUCACCACUGAGACUGUCCCUGUCUCUACUACCGUCUGCCCUGUCACUGAGGAGCACCCCGCCAAGCCUACUGGCUAUGCUCCUCCUCCCCACAGCACUCUCUACACCACCAAGACCGCCUACCUCACCAAGGUCUACACCGUUACCAAGUGCGGUCCUGAGGUCCCCAACUGCCCUUACGGCUCUGUCACCACUGAGACCGUCCAGCAGACCACUGUCUACGCCACCGGUACCAAGGAGAUUCCUUCUUACCCUACCGUUGUCGUUCCCAAGCCUGAGCAGCCUUCUCACCCCGCUCAGCCUGAGUACCCUGCUCCUAAGCCUGAGCACUCUGCUCCUGCCAAGCCUGAGUACCCUGCUCCUAAGCCCGAGUACUCUGCUCCCGCCAAGCCCGAGCAGCCUGAGCACCCUGCUUACCCUGCUCCUUCUGCUAAGACCGAGACCUACCAGGCUCCCGCUCCCAGCCAGCCUUCUGCCACUCUCCCCUACCAUGCCCCCACUGGCACUGCCCCCGCUGUCGAGGUCACUGCCGGUGCUUCUCGCUUCGGUGUCGAGAUGGCCGUCGCUGCCGCCGGUAUCUUUGCCGUUCUUCUGUAA